GCAAUUAAUGCUUGGCUCUACAAAGGCUGCUGGAUGAAAAUAAUUACUGCUACUGAUUAUUUGGAUAUGUUAACCGAAACCGAAACGGAAAAAGCUAACGAAUAUUCAGCUUUAGCAAUCCGUAAAACAAUCAGCAAAUUUAUCGAAUACAGUAUUUUACAUUAUGGU